UUGACACGUAUAUCAAGGUUACUUUUAUAUCUGUUGUAACCAAGGAAAUAUGCUAUCGACGUAGAUUUAUGUGAGCGUAUUAGUACCUUCUUGUACAGAAAACAAUAUUAAAGACUGAUAUUGAUCUCAGUUUAUAUAUGCAGGAUCUGGAACAGUGUUCAUCAGGAGAGUCUCUAAAAUGAGAUAUACAACACACAUAUUUAAAAGAUGAUGAUGGUGAUGCAUAUGUUUGCCCUUCUUUCUUUGGUUAAGGUGUUGGCUCUAAAUGAAGCCUAUGACUUUUCCUGCCCAUCCCAAGCACACUGGAAGCUUCGUGCAAUAUCUAUGUGCACAACUAAAGAAAGAUACAUUUGCUUAUUUGACGUGAAUCGUCAAGUUAAUGUAUACAAAGAUAAAUGUUACAAAUCUGAAAUUGUUGGACCAGGUUAUAAAUACGUCUUUGAACCUAAUCUAAACAGAGAUGUUUGCAGUCCGUCCCGAUAUCAACCUUUCAGAUUUAACACAACUGGUUACAGUCGGUGUGCCUUCUUGAAGUCACUAUGUAGCAGUGAAGGCCAACAAACUGUCCAUAAUGGCACAACUAAGUCCGACAGAACAUGUUUUUGCAAUACAGAAAAGGGUUAUUUUUUGGUCAAGGACCAACAAAACUCAUUGUUCUGCAAUCCUUCAACAGAAGACUGCUCCUGCUAUAUUGCCAUUGAUUUAACAAACAAAACAAAAGACCUGAUGGAUUCGAAACGCAAUAGGGAAUUCAGUAUGAAUCGUAGAUUUUCAACGGAUGAAAGGUUUAAUAUAUCACAAGAAAUACAGACAAUUCUUUUCGACAACUUUAAAUACAACAUAGCUUGUCUUCCUACAGAUGAGUAUCGUACCAAAGCAAUCAGACUAGUUUUUACAUUGGUAUUAUCAUACCCCCUAGUUUUAACGGGGCUUUAUAUUCUACUGAGAAGACUGUCAAGGCAAUGGUUCCAAAUUUGUUAUGGAUAUUUACCAGAAGCUUUGAAACGAUUAACAGAUGCGGAUAAGAAAAGAUAUAAUCAACUGAUGCAAAGUACAAAAACUGAAAAGCGGUAUUUUGCCAGAAUAAUGAUUGUAGGUCAGGACAAGGUGGGAAAGACUACCUUAUUGAGGAGAUUACUAAAGGAUAGUACUGCUGGUGUGUCAAGUACCGAUGGUGUUGACAUCGCUAUUAAUCGAUGCAAAAUUGAUAUUGAAAAUGGUAAAUGGACAAUCGGCAAAGAUAUUUCAGAUAACAAGGCAGACCGUAUAAAGAGAGCAGAAACUCAUAAACAGUCUGCAGACACUAAAAUUACUGACGACGAUGAUUUAUAUCAUUCUGAUUUAAGUAGAGGCAAUGACUCUGAUUUAAAAUCUAGCAUCCUUAUGGCUGACAACCCGUCUGAAUAUGUGACAAACGGAAGAAAUGUAAAUCCUAUUGAUAAUGUGUCCACCAGUUCCAACGGUAUUAAGGUAUCAUUAGACACUGUUGAUCAAAUGGAUUUUGACACUAAAGUCAAUUCAAGGUUAGCAAACAGAGAGAAUCAUUUUAAUGAAAAUGAACAUGAGAAAAAACCAUCAUCCUUGAUAAUGCCAGAUGAUUUGAUGUCUAAUGUAUUUUCCGAGACGCCAAACUCAAAUGAUCCUGCCAACUUACAUGCACUCUGUGGAUUAUGGGACUUUGCGGGACAAAGGGAAUUCUAUGCUACACAUCAGGCAUUUCUGACAAAAAACGCAGUAUACCUCGUGGUUGCAAAUAUGGAGGAGGAUAUUUGCAAGCAAGGCGUUAAGCAAUGUUUUGCUGAUUUUCCCGAUAUUGGAGAGUAUGUUGAUUUUUGGUUUGAUUCGAUACAUUGCCAUGUCGGCGAAACUACAAACAUACAAAAGGACUUUUCGUUGGACCCUCCAAUUAUCGUUGUCUUUACUUGUAAAGAUAAAUAUAAAGAGGAACUUUUGGAGAAAAAAAGAGAAAAGGAACUUCAAAAUAAACUUCACGACGUUUUAGAACGACAGGGAAAAUAUCACCACUUACGAAAUAUUCAUUUUGUGUCAAAUAUGGACAAAUCUGAUAAUCAAUUUGAACAAUUACGACAAGAUAUUUUUGGAGCUGUCGAGUUAAUGAAUAAUUGGGGCGAACCCAUGCCUGUAGUUUGGAUUCUGUUAGAACAUUUAAUUGACAUUAAUAAGAAAAAUGGCAUGAACUUCACUAACUUAUCUGGCAUUGUUAAGAUGGCUAAACAUCGUGAAAUUAACAUAGUGGAUAUCAAUAUAGUAUUAACAUUUCUUCGGUUUCAGCAUAAGGAAGGAAACAUUAUUUUUUUUGACGAUAUACAGGAUUUAAUCAUUUUAAAUCCUAAAUGGUUGGUAGAUGCAUUUCGAUGUUUAGUGUCAGAUAAAAUUGAUGCCACACUGCAGCACCUAGAUGAUUGGUCAAUUUUGACGCGAUCAGGGAAAGCGAGUGAUUAUUUGAUAUCGCGACUCUUUCAAAGUGAAACUAAAAGGCAGUUUUUCAAUCAAAAAGAAGAUUUACUGAAAGUAAUGGUAAAGUUUGACAUAUUGAUCAAAAUUGAGGAAACAUCUUACUACAUAAUGCCAAGCAAAAUGCCAUCUCUUUCAUUCGACAAAGUCUGCGCUGCCAUUGGGGUUGAAAGACCAAACUGCAAUAGGACUUCUUGGCUCUGUCUGAAAUUCGAAUUUCUCCCCCCUGCCUUCUUUAAUCAUCUAUCUGCGUGGUUGAUACAAAAAUACAAAAGGGACGUUAACGAAUCUCCUCCUGCAUUAUACCGGGGAAUUUGUGUUUUUGAUACAGAUAGGUCUGAAUGUGAAAAGGUUUUUCUUGCAAUGUCAAGCAACACAAUUGCUAUUCAGCUGUUGUCGUUUUCUACAGAAACGCCAGAAUUCGGAAGCACUUGUAGUAUUCUCUGCCAAGAACUGAUUACAAAAGUUAAAGACAUAACAAAGAGAUAUCAGUUGACCCUUGAUUUUGAGAUUCAUUUUAAAUGCAGCAAAGGGCAUUAUCAUACAGAUACUAAAUCAUAUAUGCAGUUGAUAAAGAAACGGGAAUUUUUCUGUGCUGACCAUAAAGAAGCACACCAAUCUGAACUGAUUUAUUCUCCUUGGAUGAUGCAUCAUGCAUAUAAGAAUUACAAAAGAAAAUUCAACCUUGAUGUUGAGAAACAUUUGAAGAUUGGACUGGAAGUAGGAGUUGGAAAAAUACCAAUUUACAAAAACAAGUAUACGUACAUACAUCAUGGUAUUGUCAUAACGAUUUCCAAGAUAAACAAGACAUUUGAAAUGGUUGCGUUGACCGGGGGUCACAAAACAAUACCCUCACUUAUAGGAAAAAAUAUUGAACCAGUAAUUGAGACCACUAGCAUUAAGUUUACAUCAAAAGAUCUGUUCUACUUUGAUUACAACCACUUAUCUGAUAAGGAUGUAAAUAUUAAGAAUAGAGCCGAAGCGCUGGUUUCUCUUUUUGUCAAAUCCGGUGUAAAGUAUAACCUAAGAGAAUUUAAUUGUGAUCAUUUUGCCAGUUACUGCUCAACAGGACUAGCUUUCAGUGGUCAGAGGAACCGUGUUAAUUGGGAAGCCACAUAUAAACUUGACAAAAUACUUGAACAAUAUUGAUUGAUUCAUGGAUAUUGAAACAGCUUAUAUGGAAACUGGAGUAACCAAAAUACAAGUUAUGCACGAAUAUUCUUUAAAACCUACACCGCUGUUUUGUAUAAUAACUGUCUGUUUAUAUGUAAUAUAUUGGAUAAGAUUUUGUAAUUGACGAUGUAUCCAAGUGCUAUCAAUAUGUACUACAAAUGUGUAAGAGUAAAAUUACAUAUGUGCAAAUAUGCAUGCUGUAUUAUAAUGAUAAAAUCCAUGACCUUUUAAAGAGGUCUUAUACAUUUGAAAUUUAUGAUUUCAUUGAAAUAAUUAAAGGUGAUAAAUGAGACAUUGAUGUAACCUACAUACGUCAUAUGACUGAAUUUUGAAUAAACAGAAAUAAUGAAUGCAAUCAACCCCAUAUGACGAAAACAAUGAGCUUUAUAGCGAACAAAGUAGAAUGCCUUGUAAAAUUGUCAUUCAAGAAAACAAGUAAUACAUUACAUUCUAUUUGCAUAUGUGCUAAAUUUUGUGAUUUCUUUGUGAUUUUGUUAUAUUUUGCUUAUAAUAUAUUUGCGUAGUUUCCUUGUGAUGCAUUUUAAAAUAUACAUGAUAUAGUCAUUAACAACUUUACUGCUGAUACUUGAAAAAUGCACUUUCAAAUGUAAUUAUACUGACUUGCCUAUAUCGUUUUUCUAUACAAGAUAUUUUAAUUUUGUUCAUGUACCCCCAUGAUAGUCCUUUUGUACAAAACAAUUAAAGCUGAAAAAGAUAUAUAUUUAAUUUUGUUUUAAAAUUACGGCAAAAAAAAAGACA